AUGGAGACUAUCGCCAGCAUGGCCCAAACAGCGGCCAAAGCUGUCUGGGGAGACGGCACGGAACAUUGCGAGCCAGUCUCGGGCGUCCAAGGCAAUGUGGCAAAGGGCGAGCCAUACGACGCCGGCAACAUGGAGCCCGACGCGUCGAGCACAACUGCUUCGCAACUCCAAGAACCCAACCGAGCCGGCGACACAUCAGCAGCAAGCCGUAAGCUUGAGUCGGAAUCCGCAACCCGCGCUUCGAGACCUGUUGUCGCAGAGCAUCAUGAUGCAAACCACGCCAUUGCUGAUGCCACCACCACCACCGAGGAAUCGAGCGGCGACCAUGUCGGUAGCCCAGUAGACACAGACAACGCGCCGAGUGUCAUGGGGGAUGGUCCUCGACCGCUAGAGACGGUUGCCAAAGAGAACGGCGGAGACGCAGGCAACCUGGUGGUGGUGCCUGAAGCGGAAUCUACAUCAUCCUCCCAGGACCUUGACGGCGGUGCUAGCAAUCCCGAUACUCGCAACAAGACCAACAAAGGAACCGGAGAAAAGUACGUCAAGACUUCUGGACUUGCCGCCGAUGGCGGUGACUUUGACGCAACGUUGCCUGGCGCCGGAAGGGAAGCAGAUCGUCUCCUGGAAGAGAAAGGCAUACAGCGUGGAACCGGUAACAACUUGAAGGGCUCCUCCUCGCCGGGAAUCAGUCACCAAGAUGUCGAUGGGAAAGAUAAGCAGAGUCUGAAAGAGCGACUCAAGGAUAAGUUGCAUAUUCACAAAUCUUGA